AUGGUAGUUUCUAAGACUUCAAGCCUGCUGCUUUUGCUGCUCGCUGUACUGACCGCCAGCGUAUCUUCGCUCGUUGCACCUCCUCCUCGCGCCGCCGUUAUCGCGCGGCAACAAGAGCCCGAAGACUCCGACGACUUUGAGAAGCGAGAGGUGGAGAACUGCGUGCCGUACGACAUUCGCUCAUCCAUCGUGGGCACACGUGCUGUCGUGGAGUGGGCCACUCGACGCACAUACAUCCGCAAGGUAAAGCUACAGAAGGCGCAUGAUCCCAGCCCCGUUGUUUCCAACCCGUGGCGCUCCUGUCGCGAUGUGGCCGCUGACGUGGAAGUGCGCUAUCGACGACUGGGCGACAAUGAUACAAUGCUCAUAAAAGGAGACAAAGAAGCACCUUUCGCCAGCAAGGAGGCGAUUACAUAUACUACAGAUGGAGCAACGUUCACGACGCAUACGGCGUUCAUUAACCUCGCGGAAUACGACGCAGGGUACGAGUUUAUCGUCGGCUCCGUAUUCCACGGGUGGUCAGCGGUGCAUCGUCUGGGUGCCAACAUUCCUUUCCGAGGAGACGAAGCUGAACGGUGCCGACCGAAGCACGUACACACAGCGUAUGGUCGCACACCAGGCAGCCUGGCAGUCCAAUGGAUGACUAAGGAGUAUUGUGGGGACGGAUACGCUCAGCUGCAGAUGGUAGAAGGCUACCAUGCCCACAUCGAAGUGGAGGGGCCGAAUGCAACCCCCGUCACGGCCUGGGCCAACACAACAUUUUUCGAAGAUGACGGUGAGAAACAGUCCAAGCGCUGGCUACAUGUGGUGCGAUUGGAAGGACUGAAAGCGGACACGAGAUACACCUACGUUGUGGGUAAUGCACACUACGCGUCGUGGUCAAUUCCGUAUGUGACCAAGACUGCUCCAGCUCCAUUGACUGCCGGAGAGAAGCCCAAAUCUACGCUGUUCUUGGUAACUGGAGACAUAGGUUAUCAGAACGCAGCCACUUUGCCGAUGAUGCAGUCCGAGGUUGCUGAAGGAAUCGUUGACGGCGUGGUGUCUGUUGGUGACUACGCCUACGACUUGAACAUGAUUGACGGGCACGUUGGAGAUAUAUUUAUGCAGGAGAUCGAGCCGAUUGCUGCUAGCGUACCCUUUAUGGUGUGUCCAGGCAACCAUGAGACUCACAACGUGUUCAGCCACUACUCGCAACGCUUCCGACUCAUGCCGAGCAACCAGAACGAAGGAGUGCAGACUGUGCAUGUGGGUGGACGCUCAAAGGAUGUAGAGCCCAAGGAAGUGCCGAACAACUGGUUCUACUCGUUCGAUGUGGGGCUGGUGCACUUUGCAAUAAUCUCCACGGAAAUUUACUUCAAGAAAGCAUUUGAUGUGGACGGAGACGUGAUCGCUCGACAGGAAGCGUGGCUGGAGCAAGAUCUUGCCAAGGCCAAUGCGAACCGGGAGAAAACACCGUGGCUCGUGGUGAUCGGACAUCGCCCCAUGUAUUGUACAUCGGACGACACCAACUGCGGCGAUAAGGCUGCUAUGCUGCGGAAUAAGCUCGAGGACAAGUUCUUUACACACGGUGUGGAUCUGUAUCUGUGUGGCCACCAACACAACUACGAACGAGCGUUCGAUGUGUACAAGUCGCAGACCUGGAAGCGUACGCACAAUAUGCGCGCUACAACGCACAUUUUGACCGGGGCGUCAGGCCAGUAUCUGACGUCAAUCAUGCGUAAGGCCUUUGAGAGACCCACCGAGGUCUGGGAUGCCUUCCGUAACUCAAUCUUUGGCUACUCGCGCAUGGAAGUCGUGAAUGCUACGCAUCUGCACUGGCAGCAAGUAGAAGCCGACCCUGAGAACCCAGCAGCUCGUGGGCUCUACGGGCAGGUGAUUGACGAUGUGUGGCUUGUUCAAGAACAACAUGGCAGCUUCGCACCUGUCGGGAAAGCCUCAUAG